AUGGUGCCGAUCAAAAGGGCAGACAUGCUGAAGUAUGUCAUCAAAAGGUGCAGGAGCUUCCUCCCUGAGAUUUUCAAGAAAGGCUCCGACCUUCCCGAGUUAGUCUUUGGGUUCUGGUUGAAGGAACUUGAUCCAACAGAGCACUCCUGUGUCCUGAUCAGAAAAUCCCAUUCGGCCCCGAUUUGGGGCCUGACAGACGACCAGGGCACACCAGAGACUGGGCUCCUGUUGAUUGCCCGGGACUUGAUCUUCAUGCAGGCAAGCUGUGCCUCUGAGGAGGUGGUCUGGGAGGUGUUGAGGGUGUUGGAGAUCCUUUUUGUGGCAGUAAAUGAGGCAUUGAAAGAAGAGGAGGAAAUACCCUGUGCCCGAGAUGCAGCUGCCGUCGGAGAUGUGACAAGUGCCAGAGUUAGUGCCAGUUCCAGUUGCAGGGCAGGGCCUAUGCCAUGGCUGAAGCAAGCAUUUGCACCAGUACCAGUUCAAGUGCCAGUGCCAGGGCGAGAGCCAUGGCUGGAGGAACGAUCAGUAUGA